AGUGUAAUGGUCAAAGGUUAGUCCUAUGACCAGUCCGGAAGGGGAGGAUCUCAGCUGACUUACUCAACUUUUCCCGUGAUUUUCUUCCUUCAAAAUUAUCCUGAGAUAUCACCUUACCUGUUUGUACUGUUUAGAGAACCAAAGAAAAUUUCUAGUAUUCGUAGAAAUGUCAAAAUUCUGAGGAAAAGUGACUUUCAAGAAGCUACCAUUUAUUUUUUGUGUGCACUUGAACGUUUUGUAGUGGAACUGUAGUUAUAAUGUCUAUCAUCCAAGUCCAGUCCAGUAAAGCUGGCGGGAGCUCCUCUCUUGCGGACAGGACACCGUUCUACGGGACACGGCUUCCUUCUGAGGUCAAGGCCAUGGUCAAGGAGCUGAAGAAGUUGGACAAGAAAACGUUCCGAAGUCUCCUCACAGUUGCUGUCUCUGCCCUUGAAGGUGCUGAUGUGGACACCAAGAGCUUCACUGACCUACAGACCAAUGGGAUGACAGAGGAUCUCAUUAACAUAAUCUAUUCAGGGCUGCUCAGCACCCUGAGGUUGGCACUGAGGUUACCCCAAACCUCCCUCAAACCUGAGCUUUUCAAGGAAGACCUUAAGGAACUCAACAUUCCAGAAGAGUUUAUUGUGGACCUUGCCAGUGCUGUUUUUGGUGGAAAGAGGACCAACCUUGAUGCCUCUGCACUAGACUCUAGAAGCCGACUUCCAACCCUGCAGAACUUCAGGUGGAGGGUAGAUGUCGGUAUAUCAACCAGUGCACUGAAUCGUGUGUUAGAACCAACCAUUCUCAUGGAGAUGACAUUGAGCGAUGGAAGAAUACAAACCUUUGAGGUGCCCGUGUCAAAGUUCCACGAGCUGCGGUACAACGUCGCCCACGUGCUGCGUGAGAUGGAGAGUCUAGAGAAGAGAAAUGUGCUGAAGAUUCAGGACUAACCAGAGUAAACAUCACAAAUGUCCAGAUUACAACUUCUCACACAGAAAUGCCAUUAUCCUAGCCUGUUGGUGGUGUAAUCAUCUGCACAGUUAUUGAUAAUCUUGAAUCCUACUCCUGGACCAUGGAUAUUGGAGUGUGGUCAAAUAGAUUCGAUGACAAAGUGAGCAGAGUAAAUGGGAUAGUCAAGUAAUUAUGAUUAUGAUCGGUCCAGGAAAUGUUAAAACUAAAAGAAGAAGUUGAUCCAUUUUUUAUACAUGUAUUUUCCCAUGAUUAGGAAAAUUUUCCGUGCGAAGUAAGAAAAUUAUCAUAUUGCAUUAUUAGGC